AUGAUCCAGAAUGCAACGAAGUUGAUAAGCCAUGAAAAUAAUAGUGUAGAGGCUUUAAUUGCUUUGUUUAAAACCCAUAUAUCAAAUCUAGAGUACGUCGUUUCAAGGCCCAUGACUAGCUAUGCUAAUGCGAAGCUCAAGAAGACCCAUUUGUUUACAAAUUCUUCAUUAUACGGGUAUCGUCAACUUCAAGAUACGUCGUAUUUAAUACCACCAUGUAAAUUCCCAAAUCAUAGUGUUGAACAAUGGGUAUUCAAUCUAAUAGCGGUCUAA